AUGGAGUUAAGUGACAGUGAGAAUAGCGAUAAUGAGCCGAUGACACCGCCGGAGCUGUCAAAAGAGACUGAAGAGUCUGCGGAAGCUGUGGAAGUUGAUCCUGGACAACAUACCAUCCCCGAGUACUCCAGGGAAAAAUAUUUCAGGGCGUACGAGGUCUUCAAGGAAUGGCAGCUCAAGCACGAUCAUGAUGAAGUGACAGAGGCUGUCAUGCUGGAGUUCUUUGAGGAGCUCAAUGAAACCAAGAAACCCUCGACCCUCUGGAGUCAGUAUUCUAUGCUCAAGAGCACGUUUAACCUCAAAGAGGACCUGGACAUUUCUCAGUUUAAAAAACUGCGCGCUUAUUUGAAGAAACAGGGCACCGGGUUCAAAAAUGCCAAGUCUAAAGUACUCUCUGCUGCUAAUAUUCAUGAUUUUUUGAUCAAGGCUUCGGAUUAUGAAUUUUUAGCGGAAAAGGUAAUAAUGAUCUUCGGUGUAGUCGGAGCCUGCAGAAAAUCUGAAAUAGUCGACCUGACAUUAUCAGACUUAAUAGACUCAGGAACAAGCCUUGUAGUGACAAUCCAAGCGACUCCUAGACGCCAGAUGAGAAAGUUCACCAUCGACGGUGACCUCUAUAACGCUAGUAAUAUCUUGAAGACUUGCAUGUCUGACAUUCAGCAACCUCAGAGUCAUCCUUCGACCCAGAUUAUCAUCAAUCAGAUCCCGAUUAAUCAGCAAGUGGGUGGUCGACAAUUCCAGGUUAAUCAGGGGCAGAUUAUUACUACUCCAAAAAGGCUGUAUACUAGUGUUGGACAAAUAAUUAAUAAUGCUGGACAGCUGAAUAAUAGUCAAGGGCAGCAGGUUGAUAAUUCUGGACAGGUUGAUGGAAAUUCUAGUCAAGCACAUUUGGAUGACAAUCAACAGGUUGAUAGUGGUCAGAAGUCGACUGGUCAGCUUCACCGAGUUCAGGUAAUUCUAAUUCUAGGAUUUUGUGGAGCGAUGCGCUGCAAAGAACUUUGUAACUUAAAUUACAAUGAUAUAGAAGAUGUUGGGUCUAAAUUUAUCGUAUCUGUUCCAGACGCUAAGAAUGUUUACCCACGAUCUUUUGUAAUCAUGAAUCAAUUCUACAACAUUGUCAAAAAAUACGUCGCUUUACGGCCUGAUAAGUGCGCGCAUGAACGAUUCCUCUUGUGUUACAGAAGUGGAUAUUGCAUUCGCCAGCCAAUAGGCAAAAACAAAAUAAGCAAUGUGCCUCAAAAUAUUGCAAAGUUUUUGAAUUUACCCAACCCACCAGCUUAUACAGGGCAUUGUUUCCGUCGUACUUCGACCUCACUGCUAGGAAACUCAGGAGCCAGUCAUUCUAAUCAUCCACCAGCCAAAAGACCUCGAACUUCAGGCGGUUCAAGUAACCAAAAUCAACCAAGUUCACAACCGUCUGCUUCUACUUCCAAAUCUGAUCAUCAAUUAAAAACAAAUGAAGACAGUAUCUCUUCACCUAUACACAAUAUUGAAGAAUUUGAUAAUUUAGACUUCGACAGUCCGUUUGAAUCGGUAUCAAACAAUCAUUCGACAGCUGAAUCUACAAAACGAAAGAAAGAGUCUACAAAAGAAACAAGAAAGACAUUAAAUCUAGACGGAUUUAAAUUUGUCGUCGUGGAGAUUGACAGAAGAAUUGAAGUUGUUCAAAAGGGCUGGUCACCACCUGAAGGUGCUGAAUAUGUAAAACCCCACGCAAUUUUUGACUCGUAUAAAAGUGCCUCAGACUACGCCGAUACUAUUAACGCGAAAAAAACUCCCAGAGUAGCUUCUUCAGUAGCUCCAAGCCCAAAAGUGAUAUCCAUCGACGCCGACUCCUCGAAUUGUCCUGAACCAAAUACGCAAGAAGUUAGAAAAGUAGUCAAAUCUGGGCUUCCAACUAGGACGAUCAACGUUGUCAAGAACAGAGUUGCUGCAACUUCUACUCCUGGAGGUUCCACCCCCAAGAGGAUUAUCGGGACCCUGGUGAAGAAAAAUGAUAAUCAAAGAAUUCAAUUGACCUCGGCUAAUGGACUUCAGACAAUUGUCAAUAAUAAACGGUUUAUUGGUACUCUGGUGAAUCAAAACUUUACUCAAAAUUCUAUCGCGAGCAAUAAACAGAAUUUGAACUCGCAGAAUGCCAAGUCAAGUAAUGUAUUUAUUGUUGUGGAAAAAUUUGAUAAUAGUUCGAAUUUUAUUACUGGAGAUGUUUCUGGUAAUGCUAAUCCGCCGAUGCAAGUUGAUACCAAAGAUCCAACUUUGACGUCGACUAUGUCAGGUAUUAAUGAUUUUUAUUUUUAA